AGUCACUCCAUGUUUACAUUGGGGCUCAGUGAAGGAAGCUAACAGGCUAAAUCCAUGCAAACUGCUCUCAAGACUUCAAAUUCAAAUAACCGCAGCUGAGACAGAGGAUAAAGAAUAACCACGCGUGAAGAAUAAAUGGUGGUGAUUGAGCUGAAACGCUGAGUAACAAGAAUGGACUCCUGGAUUCGCUUCAGUGCACAGAGCCAGGCCAAGGAGAGAGUGUUCAGGGCUGCCCAGUAUGCCUGUGCUCUUCUGGGGUACACAGUGCACAGAGCAGGCUCCGGGGACGAGGUGCGCCUCACCAUCUCCCAGCUGGAGGCGCACAUGAGCUUGACCAGGAAGUUGUUGCGUUUGGGGAACUCAGCUGAGGCCCUGGAAGCUGCCAAGAGGAGCAUCCAUCUCAAGGACAGUGUGCUGCGUCUCUGCCUCACGCUCAGCCACCUCAACAGGGCCAUGUACUUUGCUUGUGACAACCUGCUGUGGGCUGCCAAGACAGGUCUCCUGCACAGACUGGACCAACAUAAGUGGAGCCAAAGGUCCUUCAGGUAUUACCUUUUCGCUCUGAUACUGAAUCUAGUGCGGGACGUGUAUGAGUUGCGUCUGCUCAUGCUCAUGGAGAAUGAGGUUCGCUGCAUAGCGACUAAAGCAGAGGAACCUCACACUGCCCCCCGUGUGGCCUCACAGCUGCAGCACUUGCUUAGCGUGCUGCACCAUAACCCUCCACUGCUGCUGGAUCUGCUCAAGAACAUCUGUGACAUGUUUAUCCCUAUGGAUCGCCUGGGGCUCUACUCCACCGGCCCUGGAUUUGUGGGAGCCUGUGGGCUGACCUCUUCCAUUCUGUCCAUCCUCACCAUUGUGCACCCUUGGCUCAAACUCAAGCCCUGAAGCUAUGCCUAAGCACAGCAGCCAGUGGCCUCAGCAGAGAGGAGUUCCAUGACACUAUUGCUGUUGGACUUUGAAAGCUCCACACACAUCUGCCCUGAGAAACCCUUCAGCGUUCUGGGGCCUUCUUUGACUCUUGAAAUGAACCAAUGUGAGAACAGUUAUUAACAUGAUCUAAUAUGACUCAAAUUAUAUUUAGCUAGAAAUUACACCUCU